UAAAUUGUUUACUAUUGGGGAUAUUGAAGUGUUAUCGCAAGUGUUAUACUAAAAUAUUAACGUGUAAUUUUUUUUAAAGAAAUUUUUAAACUUCAAAAAUAUGGGUGAUGGAAUUUCAGAAAUUUUUAAUUCUUUUCAAGACUAUUUAAAUAACGAAGAAGAAUUGCGCGAGGAAAUCCGUGCUAUUGUAAAAGAUCUUGAAAAAAGUGCCAGAGAUAUUCUGAUGAUAUUGCAAAAUAUUCAUAAUGAAAAUAACAUGGAAGAAAACAUAAUUGUAUCUCAAUAUUGUGCAACAUCAAGAGAAUUAUUUAAAGAUGUACGUAAAAACUAUAUAAGACUUGCAGAAGUUGUACCAAGAGACCAAUAUUAUAGAUUUCAUGAUCAAUGGCGUUUUGUUACACAAAAAUUAUGUUUCUUAGCUUCUUUAAUAAUAUAUUUAGAAAUUAAAGUUUUGGUCACCAAAGAAACUGUUGCAGAAAUAUUAGGAGUUAAAAAUAACAGAGAGGAUGGUUUUCAUUUGGAUUUAGAAGAUUACUUGAUGGGUUUAUUACAAUUAUCUGCUGAAUUGAGUCGUUUUGCUGUAAAUAGUGUUACCAAUGGUGAUUAUAACCGACCUAUAGAAAUAGCACGUUUUGUAAAUGACCUAAAUGCAGGUUUUAGACUUUUAAAUUUGAAAAAUGAUUCUCUACGAAAACGUUUUGAUGGCCUAAAAUAUGCUGUUAAAAAAGUGGAAGAAGUAGUUUAUGAUCUUACAAUACGAGGUUUGAAACCAUUUUCAAGUCCAGUUGUUCAAGAAACAGAAUAAUUAUAUUUCAAUAAAUAUCUUAUAAAAAUAAUAUAUAUUAUAAUAUAUAAUAA